UGACUUGUGUCAUUAUGUCACUCGUAAAUGGUUAAAAUUCUUGAUAAAAAUUCAUUAUUAUUUAAAAUUUACUUGUUUCUUUAUUACCGGAAGAGCUAAACCACUAAUCUCGAAGAUGGGUCGAGUGGGUGGUAUAAAAUGGGACAGAACCUACACAAUUCGACCGGUGCAUAACAUUGCCUCCUCCGAUUUCUCGAAGUAUAACCCUCAGCCCUGGAAAUUUAUGGAGGGUCCACCGCGCAUAGAUUUUCUGUUGUCGUAUGAGUAUCAAAGAAUAUGGAUAGAAGAACGAGAUCUGUGGCAAAAAAGGAUGUACCCUGAAACAACGACGGCUAAAGUGGAUGUUAUUACCAAAUACAUCUUGUCGUUCAAAAAUGCUCCACCUAAACCUAAAAAAGUGACAAAGGAACCGUUUAUAAUGAAAAAAUUCCAGAACAUAAAAGCCAGAACUUCGAACAAACGUCCAUCCGACGACAAAGCGAUGAAAAAACCUUCGUAACAACGUAACAUGAUAUUUGUUCAUCUCAUCGUGUUCACAUUACUGUCAUGUGAAGUAUUAAAACUAGAACACAACACUUUGAAGGUAGUUUUGAGGGUUUAUGGAUUCGUAUACUCUGUAAAAAUAUGGCUGUAUCUAGAAUAAACCGACUAUCACACUCAUAAAAUUACAUUUAAUUUAAUAUUUUCGUGUGAGUGGAUGAUUUUUAAGUCAUGUGGAACGAGUAUAGAUUUUA